CCAGGCAAGCUCUUGUGCUGCUGAGCUAAAUAUACUAUCUUUUUAAUUAGUAAGUAGCUUGUGACAUUGAUUGUACUUGUCUCUUUUUGCUGUUUGGUGAUAUAAAAGAACCGGGGAAAAGAGCAUGAACUCAGGCCCGGAGGCCAAGAAGUACUGCCAUAUGUUCUGAGAGGUGUAUGCAGGCCUAUCUGCCGGGAGGAGUGGCGGUCAGAAGAAAUGUAAAAGGGCAUUUGUCACAGUAAAACCACAUGUGCGGCCUGUGUUCUUUGAUACUUCCUACUUCUAUCUAGCACUGCUGUCGAUUGUUCAUUGAAAUUAUGAGACUCUCAUUCAAAUGGAAGCAUUAUAGUUCUUCGGAACCAUUAUGAUCUCAAAAGAAAAGGAGUGUGAUACAGAUACUGGCUGAGGUGUUUUGAGGUGCAUCGAAGUGUUCCAAGCUGUGACUUUCCUUAACAUGUUCUUGAAGUACCAUGGCGUGGAUUAAAAGGAAAUUUGGUGAGCGGCCUCCACCUAAACGACUCACUAGGGAAGCUAUGCGAAAUUAUUUGAAAGAGCGAGGGGAUCAAACAGUACUUAUUCUUCAUGCAAAAGUUGCACAGAAGUCAUAUGGAAAUGAAAAAAGGUUUUUUUGCCCACCGCCAUGUGUAUAUCUUAUGGGCAGUGGAUGGAAGAAAAAAAAAGAACAAAUGGAACGUGAUGGUUGUUCCGAGCAAGAGUCUCAACCAUGUGCAUUUAUUGGAAUAGGAAAUAGUGACCAAGAAAUGCAGCAACUGAACUUGGAAGGAAAGAAUUAUUGCACAGCCAAGACACUGUACAUAUCUGAUUCAGACAAGAGAAAACAUUUCAUGUUGUCUGUAAAGAUGUUCUAUGGCAACAGUGAUGACAUUGGUGUGUUUCUCAGCAAGCGGAUAAAAGUCAUCUCCAAACCUUCCAAAAAGAAGCAGUCAUUGAAAAAUGCUGACUUAUGCAUUGCCUCAGGAACAAAAGUGGCUUUGUUCAAUCGACUGCGAUCUCAGACAGUUAGUACAAGAUACUUGCAUGUAGAAGGAGGUAAUUUCCAUGCCAGUUCACAGCAGUGGGGAGCAUUUUACAUUCACCUCUUGGAUGAUGAUGAAUCAGAAGGAGAAGAAUUCACAGUCCGAGAUGGUUACAUCCAUUAUGGACAAACAGUCAAACUUGUGUGUUCAGUUACUGGCAUGGCACUCCCAAGAUUGAUAAUUAGGAAGGUUGAUAAGCAGACAGCAUUAUUGGAUGCGGACGACCCCGUGUCACAACUACAUAAAUGUGCAUUUUACCUUAAGGAUACAGAAAGAAUGUACUUGUGCCUUUCUCAAGAAAGAAUAAUCCAAUUUCAGGCCACUCCAUGCCCAAAGGAACCAAAUAAAGAGAUGAUUAAUGAUGGCGCUUCGUGGACAAUCAUUAGCACAGAUAAGGCAGAGUAUACAUUUUAUGAAGGAAUGGGCCCAGUGCUGGCCCCAGUCACCCCUGUGCCUGUGGUAGAAAGUCUUCAGUUGAAUGGCGGCGGGGAUGUAGCAAUGCUUGAACUCACAGGACAGAAUUUCACCCCAAAUUUACGAGUGUGGUUUGGGGAUGUAGAAGCUGAAACUAUGUACAGAUGUGGAGAGAGCAUGCUCUGUGUUGUCCCAGACAUUUCUGCAUUCCGAGAAGGCUGGAGAUGGGUCCGGCAGCCAGUCCAGGUUCCAGUAACUUUGGUCCGAAAUGAUGGAAUCAUUUAUUCCACCAGCCUUACCUUUACCUACACACCAGAACCCGGGCCGAGGCCGCACUGCAGUGCAGCAGGAGCAAUCCUUCGAGCCAACUCAAGCCAAGUGCCCCCCAGCGAAUCAAACACAAACAGCGAGGGAAGUUACACAAACGCCAGCACAAAUUCAACCAGCGUCACAUCAUCUACAGCAACUGUGGUGUCCUAACCACCGUUUUUUUUGCUAGGACUUAAACUGACCUGAGUGCAGCAAAAAGUUGUUGAAAAGGAAAGAAAAAAUGAACAAUCUUUUGUGGUUUCUUGGGAAAACUUUUCAUACCACGCAAUACUAUUCAAAAACCCCGUUACCUGCAAGUGCUGAUUUGAGAUACAGAAGCCACAGUAAAACAAACAAACAGAAAUCAAAAUGUACAAAUUAUUGGAGUUUGAGUUUUUCAGCUGUUUUGUUGUUGUUGUUGUUUGGUUGGUUGUUUGGUUUUGCUUAAAUGGGCAAGAAAUAGAUAAUGUGGCUGGUAUAAAAGUUAAGCAAACUAGAAGACACAAAUCUAACAUAGUUUUUAUGGACCAAGGAACUUGUAUAAGCUUUAUUAGUAAAAGGUACAUUUUCACCAUACCUUUUUUUAUAUCACAGUAUAUAGUACAUCUUGUUACCAAAUAGGUUGUUCUCCCUGCCCUCUUUGAGCUUUUGCUCUGAAGUACAUUUAGGUUCCAGGCUUGACCAUGCUUGUUGAAUAAGUUCCCAUACCCAUCCAGGUUCUUUUGGUCUAAGGCUGGAACUUUUUUUUAAAGCUGAAGUCUUAUGACUUUUCAUGAGUUAAAAUUGUUCUGAUUUCAGCAAGUCAAAUUUUGUAAAGGCCUGCGUAUGUUUUUUUAAGAUUAUAUGAAGUCUGUGCAAAAGCUUUAAAGACAAUGCCUUUGCCUUGCCUGCAAUACAUGCGAUGUAUGUUAACUUAGUCUCCUUCUUUAGUCACUGUUGGCAGUCAUUUGUGUUUUCUUUCUUUUUUUUUUUUUUUUAAUGUAUUUAUAGUGGUAAUCCAAGCUGACAUUCACAUGGAAUUCAGUGUGGCCAUGUAGUCAUUAAUGAGUUAAUGGCACAGGAUACGUUGAUAUUUGAAAUGUCCUCUCUCCUUCCCAUACAUAAUCAUCUGUGUCCCAGGGUUUGUUCAGUUUUCCCUCCCUCCUAAUGUUGUAUAUAAAUUGUAUAAUGUGUAAGUUAAAUUUUUUUGUUUUGAACUUGGAAUGCUCCCAGCGAUUUUAUUCAACAAGCUGUUUUCUGCAUUGUUGGAAAAUGAUUUAAAAAAAUCAUGAGAAAUACCUGCUACGAAAUGGUAGAUGGUCCCCUUCCAGUAGAAUGAGGAAAAUCUUAGCAAAAUAUGUUGUAUUAUUGUUACCCCUCACUCUUUUUUUUUUUUUUUUUUUUUGCCUACACCAGAACAUCAUUGUAAUCUUAAACCAUAAGAUGCUUUUAUUAGAUGGUCAGCUAGAAUAGCUGGAGGACAGUACUUUAGGAACAGACAGUUGGAAGUUUAUAAAAAUGCAAAUGUAACUUAUAUUUCCAAUUGUCUUCUGCCUUUUUCAUUCUCUUUUCCCCAGUACUGUGUCUCCACAAAUGUUCCCUCCUUAGAAAGUCUAUCUUUUCCUUUCAAUUAAGUUUUGGUUGCAUUUAGGGCUGUGCAUAGCCUUGCGUGGUGGUCUCGCCAGUUUUGCUUCCAUUCCCACACUUCGAUCAUUACACCUUUGUUCAGUUUCUUAGAAAUCUCAGCAGACUCAUUGAGCAGCGUGAGUACAGUAACUAUGUGUGUAACGUUGUAGGACACAGUCUAGUGAUACAAUCAUCCUUCUUCGAGUAAAAACUACCUCUAGAUUGUGGUAAGCUUUUACUGUCCCAUAAAACAGGAGCCACAAGUACCUUAUGGAUGCAAAACUGUAACUUCUCCAGUGUUCCCAGUGUCUUGCUAGUGUCCUGGGCUGGAGUUUCCUUUAAUAGACUUUAAAAAUCAUUUAUUAGGAGCAUUUUUUUUCAGCUUUGCCAUCUUCAUCACUCCUUUCUUUAAAGUAUGCCACUGUAAAUACUUUUCCUCACAUCUUCAAAUUGCCUUUUCCUCAGUUUCAAGGGGAAAGUCAUUUGUAAAACACGUGAGGUGGUUAAAUCAAAGUUCGCGCAGUUUUCUCUUACUGCGAGUUUAAUCACCCCAGGCUGCAUUGUACUAUAAAUAGCCUUUUCUCUUUAGAUCUGCUCAGUCCCUUCUCUGGGGAAUCAGAUCCUGCCUCACACCUUAAUUCUGUUUCAGUGUUCAGGGCAGAACGCAUUGUGGCCUUAUCUUUCUUUGUUGUAACUGCUCACUGGCUGUUACUAGCAGACUUGCUUAUUUGAGUAGUAUUUAUUCUCUGUUGAGUCAUGGAAGUAGUCAUUACACAGUGCUUCUUGUUCAGUGUGAAAAUGUUCUCAGUGCUGCUUGAUUUUUUUUUUUUUUGUAAUGGGCCACAAGUUUCCUACAUUUCUUGAUUUGGUAUUUAGUUAAGAAACCAUAUUAAAUUAACCAAUAACAACUGAGAUGCUUUUUGAAGAACAAACUUUGCUUACUCAACUUUUAGGUCAAAAUAAAUUUUCAGGUUCAUGGCUUUAUUAAAAUGAACUCUGGUUCUUUUAAAUGUUUAUAUUUUAUUUUGGUUCUUUUAUUUUUUUCUGAUAAGGUAGUUGAAAUGUUAAGACUAUAAACCCUUUUCCUGUAUUCUUUUUUGGAAAAAUCCAGGAAUGUACCAAUGUAAGCAUUUUCUCCAUCUGAUGCCAUUCUCAUACCACAGACUGCAUAGUGAAAUAAUACCUAUUGUAGCUCAUUGUUCAUCAGUAGUUAUUUUGUCAGCUGCUUUGAAAAAAAUCUUCAUGGAUUUGUGAAUCAUUGUAUGCCUCAGCAUGUAACUUCGGAGAGUUGUGUCCCCCCCUCCCCAUGCUGGCAUUAUUAGAGAUGUCAGUCUUCUGCUCUUACAACAAUUCUCUAGAAUGGAGAGUGAUUAUUUACAGUAUCUUUGAUGUUUUAAAAAAUCUGUUUUAGAAGCACAUUCUCUCAUGAUCCUAUACAUUUUCUCAAUGUAGGAAUAGAAGUUGAGCUUGUGACCCAAUGCAUUUUUGCUAGUUUCAUUGUAUUUGUCACAUAGACUGGGAAGGCAAGCUAAAGAUGCUAAAAUAGAAUGCCCUUUAUGGUUUGAAUGAUUUCAGAGUUGAACACUAGCACAGUAUUUAACUUGCUGUGGCAACAAAAGGCAUCUGCAUCUAGAAUGAACUAGGGAAAUACUUGUCUCUUCUCACUGUACAGACUCAUUUGCCAUCGUAACUGUUAAGUUCCUUUGCCUUUGUGUUUAGUGAAACUGGUACAUCUGUGAGCUCACAGGAAAUUCCACUGCCAUCUUUGAGAACUAACCUAGUCAGGUUAACCAGGAAAUCUGUGGGGGGAGGGGCUCCCUUUUGAAACAAAAUACUGUUCAAUUAUUAACCAAGUUAACUUACUUUGAUUUCAGAAGCAGCUGUGUUUCCGAUGAAUGCUGAACAAAUGUGUGUAAUUUUCUGUGCUAGACUUUUGACCUUGUUUAUAAGCACUAUACUGUGGGAUGGAUGGUCAGAAACAAUAAUAUUUUAGGGUUUCUACUUAACCCUUUCAGGACUGAACUGUAUCGCCUUUCAUUAAUCUUUCCCUGUGUCGUGAUAAAUGUUUGCCAGCAUUCAGUACUGUGUUGGUUCAGAUGUAGUUUUAUAUGCUCAUUUUUAGUUACUUCUCAUACCUUGCAGCAUGCUCUACACAGUCAGUCCUUAAGGGGUUUAUUUUACAAACUGUGCGCCUGUAAGGUUUAUUAGCAAUAAAGAUAGAAAAUCGAGCAACUUUAUACCAUAAUUUUGUAGAAAAAAAGAAUCUGCUCAGUUCCAUAUUUCACCCAUGAAAAACCUGCAAUAUGGGCAGUUUCAAGGAAUAAAUAAAAAAGAAAUGUAAACCAUUGUAAAAGUCUUCUGUCGAAUGUGCCUGAUGCAUGUAUUACCAUCUUUUAUUUCAGAAUACUUCAUAAAGAUAAAAUUAAAUUCUA